AUGGGCGGCGGAGGCAAUUUAGUUGGAUCCGGUGGUAAAAUGAUGGGUGGCGGGAUGAUGGGCGGCGGAAUGAUGGGUGGUGGAAUGAUGGGUGCAGAAAUGGGUAUGAUGGGAGGCGAAGGAGCUGGUAUGAUGGGCGCCGGUGGAGCUGGAAUGAUGGGGGCAGGUGGAGCUGGAAUGAUGGGUGCUGGUGGAGCGGGAAUGAUGGGUGCAGGAGCAGGAAUGAUGGGUGGAGGAGGAGCUGGUAUGAUGGGAGCCGGAGGAGCAGGAAUGAUGACUAAAGGUGCGAUGAUGGGAGGUGGAAUGGGAAUGGGAGGUGCUGGAAUAGGUAUGGGCGGAGGAGGUCUCCAUACCAACAUCGGAGCCGGAACUGGAAUGAUGGGUGGAGGAAUGAUGGGGGGAGCUGGAAUGAUGGGUGGUGCUGGAAUGAUGGGCGCUGGCAUGAUGGGAGCUGGCGCUGGAAUGAUGGGAGGCGGUGGGAUGAUGGGCGGUGGUAUGAUGGGCGGUGGUAUGAUGGGUGGUGGUAUGCACCAUGGCUACGGAGGUUCGGAGGUCGAUGGAGGACAGUACAGUAAAGGAAACCAAAAUUUAAACGAUUUAAGGUACGAGCAAGCUCAUGGUAAUCAAGGCGGUCAGUACAACAAUGGACAGGGGGGCUAUAAUCAGGGAGAAGUGGCCGCAAAAGAUAUAAAGGGAGAUUCUGGAUACUACAGUGGUGCCAAUGGCGGUAAAAAUGUUUAUGAAGACGGAAAUAUGUACCACGGGGCACAAAAAUAUGAUCAAGAAGGUAAGAACGAAGGAGCUGAGAGUAUGAUGAAAGGUCACAAGAAAGGACAUAAAAUUAAGGGAUUCAAGAACUCUCACCAAAAACAAGAAUCCGGCAAGACAGAAGAAUUCUAUGACGAGGAUCACGAUGAGGGUGGCAACUACAUGUUCAACAACCGAGCGGGAAGCUUUGGAGAGAAUGCAGGCAAUGCCUAUAAAGGAGGUAAAGAGGACGGCAAAUUCUCCGCCGGAGAAGCAAAGAAGGAGGGACAUUUCAAUCAACAGUACCUAUUUGAUAAGGCCAAUGGAGGCCAAGGGAGGUAUGCAGAUAACUAUUAUCUAGAAUCACUUUCAGAUAAGUCUAUAGUGCACUAG